UGGUUUCUCAGAAGCCUAAUUUACUUGUUGCAGAUGGGGAGCCACUCUUAUGAACUCUUUCCUCUUCAAUGUUGGUCUCAUUCUCCUUUGUUCUAUCAGUGUGAUCCAAUUCUGCGCCACUGCAUUUGGAUAUUAUGCUCAAGCCACCGCCGCACAGGAGAUAUUUGGCCACACUUUGCAGUCUCUUCGUGGUAUUAAGUACCUCUACAAGUACAAUGUGUUCCAGAUCGGGUUUGUUGUCCUCGCUGGACUGACCUUUUUAUAUUACAUUGCCUUUGGAUGGAGAAGAAAAAAGCCGAGCGGUAGAUUCCAGCUCUCUACCUAAUGUAAAUCUCUUCUAUUUAUUUUAUCCUCUUUGUUUCCUCGUCUUUGGGAUCGAUUGCUUGCUGCUGAGGAUUGCUCUGUCCACAAUUAUACCGAGAUUGGUCUCAUGAUCUUUGCAAGUGGUCUUAUAUUAUAAGAACAAGCACCUGGCCCAAAAAGCUUCUCUUCUUCUACUUGUAUUUUCUGCUGAGGUUUGGUUUCAUUUCACUUGAAUGUAAUAUUUUUUUUUUCUUUUUUCUCUCUCUCUUUUCUUUUCUCUUGUAUCUAUUGUUUUAUUUUUGUUUGAUUAAUUACGAGAAAGAUCUCUGUGUCGCCUGUCUUCUCAUGGUCUUUUGUACUACUUCCAAUACUCUCUAUCAGAACAAAUUCGGGUUUUGGAAUUUUCGAGGUAGAUGACAAGAGACUUCA